UCUCCGGGCCCGCUCGGCGCUCGGCCGGCCGCCUUGCGUACGUCGCGCAUCGCGCUCUGUGUCCGGGUGCUUCCGUCAUGUCGACUGCUAUGAACUUCGGGACCAAGAGCUUCCAGCCGCGGCCCCCGGACAAGGGCAGUUUCCCGCUGGAUCACUUCGGUGAAUGUAAAAGCUUUAAAGAGAAAUUCAUGAAGUGUCUUCGUGACAAUAAUUUUGAAAAUGCUUUAUGCAGAAAUGAAUCAAAAGAAUAUUUAGAGUGCAGAAUGGAAAGGCAACUGAUGGCUCAAGAACCACUGGAAAAACUGGGAUUUGGAGAUUUGGUAGAUGGACAGUCAGAGGCUAAGAGUAAAUUUUAAUAAAUGAGGAGCAUUGGCCAUCAGGAGGCCCUAUGCUGAGGCCCACUGGUGCCUCGAAUUCGCCCUGAAGCCGCAUGGAGGUGCCUCCCUGUGGAUAUUCCUUAUAACCAGGGACUUGGCUUGACUUCUGAAGCUCCCAAAUCAUUUUCAUUAAUUGCUGUUCUUUUUAGAUUCUCAUUUUCUCAUAACAGAGUAGUUUAAUCUAUCAAUCCGCAUGCAGCACAGGGUCCCCAGGAGGCUCACAGCAGGAGGGAAGAGCUCUGGAGUGAUAUCCUGCCUAGGGCACCUUCACACUGUGGUGCCCUGAGCAGCUUUCCCAAGGACCCACUCACCCUGCAGAUAUCAGACUCUUACUUGCAGAUCAUCAGAGGAUAACUGUUCCCUAGCAGAACACUUUCCUUUUGUAAGCACAGAUACACAUGCCAGUUUGGGUUUUUUUGUUUUUUAUUUUUUGUUUUUGUUUACAAAUGUAGAAUACAAAAUAAGAAGUGAGAAAUUAUUUGGCUUUUGACCUACUUGACUUUUUUUUUCCUUUUUUUUUUCGAUACUAGGUAUUGAAUCCAUGGGUGCUCUACCUCUAAGCUAUAUCCCCAGACCUUUUUAUUUUGGGACACGAUCUUGCUAAAUUGCCCAAGCUGGCCUUGAACUUACGGUCUUCUUGCCUCAGCUUCCCAAGUAGCUGGGAUUAUGUGUGUGCACAACCACAUCUGGCUCAUACUUGACUUCUUGAUUUUUAAAAUUUUAUUUAUUUUGUGUGAGGAGCAGGGACAGUACUAGGGACUGAUCCCGGGGCCCAUACACUGAGCAACAUUGCCAACCAUUUUUUGCUUUUUAUUUUGAGAUUGGAUCUUUCUAAAUCACUUAAGUCACCUAGUCUGGGCUCAAAUUUAUAAUGCUCCUGGCUCAGCCUCCUGGAGUGCUGGGAUUACAGGUAUGCACCACCCCAACUGGCUCUUGAUUUUUUUUUUUUUUAUGCAUCGUACCAAGUAGCUUUAUAAUUGAGUCAUUUUCUGAUUCAUAUCAGGCUAUAUUUAUAAAACUAGAUACUGGGGCCGGGGAUUUGGCUCAGUGGUGCCAUUGCCUGCCUCACAAGCGCAAGGUCCCAAGUUUGAUCCCCAGUACCAAAAAAAUAAAGUAAAACUAGAUACGUAGUUUCAAUAAGUCAUUUAUUGCAUCUCUGAAGGCUAGAAUAUUGAGCAGAGUUAGACCUACAUAGGUUGUUUUCUGGGUUUUCACCUUGUAAUAGCAUCCACACUUACCUCUCAGCCAGUACUGGCUCAAGACUCCUGCAUGCACUGGAGUCAUGGUCCUAUAACAUGUCUUUCAGUAAGCAAUACUUGGAGCAUGCUUCUCAGCCUCAGGCAGGUUUCAGGGUUGCCUCUAGAGAGUUUAAACAUUACAGCUGUCUGGUGCCCAGGCAGAAUAUCUGGGAUGGGUUUGCUGUAUCCCAGGGUUUAAAGCCAAGCACAAAGGCCAGUGCCAUGUGAGCCUGGGCCUGUGUGUCCUCUGUCCUAUCCUGCUUCCCAGCACUGUUGGGAAGGAGUGGCUCCCCAGGCCACUUUACCUGGCUCUCGAGACAAAAAGACGAGGUAUUUACUCCAGGUGGGAAAUCUGAGUUUUACAUAGACGGUUCUGAGACUAUUCUAGGGUUGAAAAACUAGAAGUACAUUGUGGAUACUGAGAGCCUGCUAUACUGAACUGGUGGCUUUCUGAUGUAAAAGCCAGAUACAGAAAUAGGUAUAGGUGUCUGUGGGUAUGCAGGAGAAUGUUUCCUAGCCUCACGUACCAGGGCCUGGGAGCCAUGACAGCCAGCCCCAGGCUCUGUGUUCUUUUUUUUUUUUGGUACCAGGGAUCAAACUCGGGUCCUUGUGCUUGUGCGGCAGGCAACGAAACCACUGAGCUAAAUCCCUGGACCAUGGCUCUGGGUUCUGAUACUGUUCUCUGACAGAAGGAACAGGGUCCCGGCUGAAGCCAGGCCAGCACAGGAAAGUGCAAGAUGAGUUGAGAGUAUCUGCCAGAGAGCAGAGGGACAAAGUGUGGGCUUGUAGAAGGGAUGCUUGAGGCAACAAACAGAUCUUCCAGGGGCCGAAGCUGAGAUGGUGAGCAGGGAAGAAUGACUGUGAUAUUACGGCACACAUUAGUACCACUGCCACCAUGAGCCCGCGUGGGUAGCAGUCCCUGGAUGAGUGUUCAUGGGGCAAGGGACACGUCUUCCUUCCUCACUGUAAUGAUGUAGGCAAGAUGGUAGGGACAGUGUGUGUCUGACAGCUGCAGUGAUAAUGGCUGCGGAUGAGAGCCAUCAGUGGGCCCUGAAGUUAGUGGCAAAAUGUAAUGCAGAAUGACUCUGAAGAAACCUUCACUCAGGCUCUUGGUACGGUGACAUUGCAGGGGUCACUUUGGCCACGUGGUCAUCACCAGUAAGGCAACUUGGUGGACACAGCAUUGUUUCUGGGGUGGUUUGUCCUAACUGUACAACCAAAACCCUGAGGAAACACCAGACCCAAACUGAGGGACUGUCUUCUAGACAGUUGCACCUGCACAUCAGCCUCAAGCAUCAAGGUCACAAAAGACAGGCUGUCAGGGCUGAGCAGUCAAGGAGACAGGGCUUGGCACCCUGUGGGUCCUGGCAAGGAAGGGACACCGGGACAGACUCAGAUGAUUGCCCUGCAGGUCUGGCCAGUGUGACGCCAGGUCAAGCUCCUGCUUUGGCAUCCUGAGGUCGUGUCUGGAUCACUGAGGGAACCAGGUAGAGCCUGUCCCACCUUUGCAACUUUUGGAACUCAAGUUACUUUGAAAUAAAAAGGUUUUGUAUGAUA